CGUCAGUUUCCAGAGCCCGGUGGGUGUUUGUAGGAAAGGGUAACAUCAUGGCGUCAGGAACAGGAGAGCAGUCCACUGGACACGAUGCAGAAUUGGACGAAUUAUUGGACAGUGCUUUGGAUGACUUUGACAAGACAGCAGUCCCUCCAGCCCCUGAACCUGCUGCUGCUUCCUCCUCAGCCAGCGGUGCAGAGAAGCCCCCCAUGCUUGAAGACUGCAAACUCUUCGAGACUCUCUUUGAGGGGGACAUGGCUUCCCAAGCAAAGGAGGAGUGGGAGAAGGCCAUGACCGAGCUGGCCAGUGAGGAGCCAGAGUUACUGCAGCACUUCAAUAAACUGUCAGAAGCAGCUGGCAAUGUUGGCACUGACACCGCCUCCCAACAAGAAUUCACUUCCUGUCUUAAAGAUACCCUUCGUGGCCUGGCCAAAAAUGCAGACAACCUGCAGACCUCCGGACUAGCAGGAGACGACCUUGUUAAGGCGCUUGAAGGCCUGGGAUUGGAGGAGGGUGGAGAAGGAGGCGGUGACGACGGGAACAUCCUGCCCAUCAUGCAGACCAUCAUGCAGAAUCUGCUCUCUAAGGAAGUGCUUUAUCCGUCUCUCAAAGAGAUCACUGCUAAGUACCCAGAAUGGUUGGAGGCCAACAAGCCAAGCCUCAGCCCGGAGGACUACCAGCGCUAUGAGCAGCAGGCCAAAAUCAUGGGAGAGAUCUGUAAUCAGUUUGAGAAGGAGGAAAGUGGGGCAGCAGAUAAAGACGGCACGUUUGAGGGCAUCAUGGACCUCAUGCAAAAGCUGCAAGACCUGGGCCAACCACCCAAAGAGCUGGCAGGUGAUGCGCCUCCAGGCUUUAACUUUGACAUGGAGUCCCUCAAUCUCCCAGGAGUCUCAGGAGCCGGGGCGGCAGAGCAGUGCUCCAUCAUGUGAUCGGGUGGAGCUGCCGUCUACCUGAAGGACUUAAACCAGAGAGUCAUUCUGUGCUUCAGCGACAGGCCGGGAUCGAAGGAGUGUGAAGCAACGGUCAGGCAGGAGUGUGACCCGACUGUCAAACGGUUCCCUCUGAAACAGAAAGUGUGUGGAUGCAGAAACAACAACAGGAAGAGGCACCAAAACCAACAGGAACCACACACACUCUUCUGUCUUAAACCACUGAACGCACAACUCUGAACAUUUUAACAUCAGUUUGUCAGCGGUUGCUGCAAUUCAUUAACGGUUUUAACAGAAGCAUUCCUUUCAAAAGAAAAUAGCACUGCCGUUCUUCAUGCUGUUUUUACAAUACUGUCUAUCGUCACGGUCAGAUCUAUCAAAAACACUUAACAGGUAAAAAUGGUGCCUUUUGCAAAAUUACUUUAAAUUAUUGUUUUAAGUUUAUCAUCACUUAAUAGUUUUAAAAUGAUGGGAAUUUUUGCAAUAUCACCCAAUGUUUACACCAACUACCACUUCAUUAAACACACACCUCUGAUCCUGUGCAGGCUGUGGAGGAUGUGACCAACCAGAUAAAUACUUAUUAACAUGUUAGGAAAUUGUGGAAAAAAGGAGUGUACAUUUGUUAAUUAUU